GUCUACAUAAAUUAGUGGGUUUAAUCGUGAAAAUUCAAAUUUAACUUGAUGUUUGUUUUUCAUAUCUAUAAGAUAUUUCUUGAUGAUUUUUUCCUUAGCUGAAUCGAAAACCUAACUCUUAACAAUGAUUUAAUUAAUCGGACAUUUGUAAGCUUUUGAAUAAGUGAUUAACAACGAAAAAGUAUAUAAUGACGUCGAUAACAAAUAGUACUAAAAUAAGUCUCUGUGCUUGGUAAUUUUAUAUGAAGAUCUAGCACGAUAAACCAUAAUCUCGACUAGUGCCAUGUUUAGGAACAGUGGAGAAAAACGUAAUCUUUUUAAUGCCCAAGAACAAAAAUAGUCUAACAAAUAUGAUAUGUCAUAUGUGGAGUUUCGAUAUCAAUUCAAACAUAUAAUGCUCAACCACUAUCUCAUUAUCAUCUAGCCCACAUGUGAUGACUUGUAAAAUUGUCCGUUUUCUUUGUAACUCUCUUCAAUUAACGUAAUAUGAAGAUGUACAUCUAAAACUCUGCGUGCCUGAACGUACUUCAAUGUGGUUUGUCUACAAACAUGUCUCAAGAUUAUUAACUUAAAUACAAUAUUCAAUUUAAGAAAAUCAUAUUAUUAAAUAUAUGUGUAUAUACACAUAUCUUUAUACUAUUAUAAGAAGUGUCUUAAAAGCUUUGACCUAUUUCAUUCCAAGCUCUCUAUCAUUUCUUAGCUCUAUCUAUAAAUAUCACACACACGCACACACAUUCUAUAUUGAUGAACACCUAUAUAUAGAGUUAGAUCAAAAGAACCGAGAACAUCAUAUCCACUCUUGAUCCAUGGAUGAUAAGAAGUUGUGGAGAGUUUCCAAGAAAGAUUCCAUCUUCGAAACGACUCAUUUCUCUUCAAAACCCGACGUUUUUAGACGAAGCUUCUCAACAAAAACUUCUUCUUCAUCUUCAUCUUCAAAACCCAUUUUGACAAGAAGUUUCACAACAAAACCUUCUUCCUAUCCUUCCUCGGAACCCAUCUUUAGACGAAGUUUCUCUGCAAAACCCGCUCCUUCAAAAUCUCCAUUUUUGUCAAGAAGCGGUUCAAUGAAAUGCCAAGCUGACACAUCUUCCACGAAGUGUUCCAUCUCUCGGAGCUUGUCUCAUAAAGGCGCUUCAGUGACCCGAAAAUGUCGUGAUGUGGCCAAGGAGCACAAGUCCCGGUUCUACAUCAUAAAACGCUGCGUUUUGAUGCUCGUUUGUUGGCACAAACACGCUUAGAUUCACUAUAGACGUGAAGAAAGAAGAUUAGGUUAAUUAUUUGCAGUGAAUUUACUCGUUUUUUUCUUUUCACCUAUCCAUUAUUAUUAUUUUAUAUAUUU